AUGGGAUUUAAUGCGGGGCCACCGCCGCCAGGAUAUCCAACGGGAAAUUAUCACAAUCCGCCACAUGUACCGACACAAGCACCACCACCACCAUGUACAAAUGAAGUUCCUCAGGCGGCACCUGGUUUUACAUCUCACGAGUUCUUGAGCAGUAUGCGUCACUAUACCCAACAGCAACAGCAGCAACAACAACAUCAGCAGCAGGCGCAUGCGCAAACGGAUCAUAAACCCGAUCCCAAUUUUUGCCAGCAAAAAUAUGAUCUGUUCAAGGAUACUUUUGAGGCAGCUGCUCAGUUGAAUACGAAUAAAGCAACACCCUCACCUCCAGCUACAGCAUCCAACAUUAAUUGUACAGGAUAUGCGGGUUAUGACACAGCCCACUCACAGCAUAUCAAUGCAAGUCCAACAGCUGCAACAUAUCCCCCGCAAUCAACGAAUUUCCAUCAAACGAGUAGUUAUUUCAAUCAGACGCCACCAUGGAAAGAUUUCAGCGAACAGAAUCAAUCAGUUCUAAGACCACCAUUGUAA